CAAAAGCAAACUAAGCUAAUUAUUUAUAGGAAAAUUUUUUACUUAAAAUAUAAAUAAACUCCAUAUUCAAAUUGCAUCAACCAUUAAUAAAUGUUCCCUUAGAACCCUACAUGAAGACCUUCCAUGUCUCCCACUCACUCUCCUUAUAACACCCUUUCUUUUCUGUCCCUUAAUCCCCACCACUAAUACUUACCCUAGUCUUCUUGCACCAUUUUCUAGUGUGCUCGUGUGCCUAAAUAGUAUCUCAAGAUUCUCCACUUCUAUUUCUUUCUUUCUUAGUUUAUAUUCUUUCUCUUUCUUUUCUUUUCUUUUCUUUUUUUGGUUUUUAUUCCCUACAUCUAUGGCAUCAGCUGGAAAUGGAAGUGGAGGAGCUGGCUCUCCUUGCGGAGCCUGCAAGUUCCUCCGGCGAAAAUGCGCCUCGAAUUGCAUUUUCGCGCCUUAUUUUUGCUCGGAUCAAGGGCCUGCGAGAUUUGCUGCAAUACAUAAGGUUUUUGGUGCAAGUAAUGUAUCAAAGUUAUUGUUACAUGUACCAGUCGCUGAUCGUUGUGAAGCUGUCGUAACUAUUGCUUAUGAAGCUCAAGCCCGUAUUCGUGACCCUGUUUAUGGUUGUGUUGCUCAUAUUUUCGCCUUGCAACAACAGGUGGCAUGCUUGCAAGCGCAAUUGAUGCAAGUGAAAGCUCAACUGGCACAGAAUAUGGCGGACACAUCACGCAAUAACAGUAUGGAGAAUCAGUGGCAAGGAAACGUUUAUGGGAUUCCAUCAUCAUGUCCAAAUUAUAGUAAUCAUAAUAAUUAUAUGAACCCAAUCUCUCCACAGAGCUCACUAGAAUCCAUCGAUCAAAACAUCAAUAAUAAUGAUGGGAUCAUGAGCAUGCAAGAUUUUCAAAGCAUGAGCAGAGAAGAUCAGUUUGCAUUCCAAUCUUUUGCCAAGAAAAGACCACACAAUGCUACUGAUUUGGGUGAGCUUCAAGCACUUGCACUUAGGAUGAUGAGGAACUAAUAUUUAAUAAUCAUUAUUCAAGUGGAAAAAAAAAAGAAAAAAAGAACUUCAUUCAUCACCUUGUUUCUUUGUGUGCUCAAAAUCAUGUAUAUAUUGAGACUGUUAAAGAAACUUAAGUUUUGAUAUAUAAGCGUUAUUUAAUUAGAGGCAUUAAA